UUUCAUCGAUAGCUCGUCAAUUGAACUCGUCAACAAAAAUAAAUGGAAAAGUAAAUAAUUAUUAAAAAAUGAGCGCCACACAGGAUAAAAAGGAGGAUCAGGACCGCAUACAGAGACGGGUCAACAAGAUACUGGAGGCUCGCCUGGAAUCCGAUAAGGACACUCUCGAUGCUCUUAACGGUCUCUCCAGCUUCUUCAAGGAGAACACACUGCAGAAUCGAAGGAAUCUGCGCAGUCAGAUCGAGCAUCGCUCCGUGGGCAUCAAUGAGAACUUCCUGAAGGCCUUCCGGGAGGUGAAGCUGUCGCUGGAUGCCGUCUGCGCCGAUCUGGAUACCAUGGCCACGUCAGUGCAGACGAUGAAGUCCGACCUGGAGACGUCCAAGGCUCUGACCAAAGACCUAAUCGAGCAGACAAACACAAUGCAGCAGGAGCGUGAUCGCCUGGAGGUGCAUCAGCAAAUUGCGCAGGCAUUUCUGGCCCGUUUCCAGCUGACGGUGCCGGAGCAUCAGCUGCUCUACGGCAGCGCCAAGGAUGCCCCCAUUGUGGCUGACUUCUUCACGGUGCUGGAUAGGGUACAGUCCAUACAUUCCGAUUGCCGGCUGCUGAUGCAGUGCGGCUACCAGACCGCAGCGCUGGACAUUAUGGAGGAGAUGACGCUGCACCAGGAGGGGGCGCUGGAGCGGCUGUAUCGCUGGACCCAGAACCAUUGCCGCAAUCUGGAGAACAACGAAAUCGGGCCCCUCAUUGUGGAGGCCAUGAGACGUCUGCAGGAUCGUCCAGUGCUGUUCAAAUACGUGAUUGAUGAGUACGCCAUUGCUAGGCGCGCUGUGCUGGUGCGUCUUUUCAUCGAAGCCCUAACGGAGGGUGGCCACGGUGGCAGCCCCAAGCCCAUUGAGCUGCACGCGCACGAUCCCAAGCGCUACAUUGGUGACAUGUUCGCGUGGCUGCACCAGAGCAUUCCCUACGAGAAGGAGAACCUGACGCUGCUCUUCAAGAAGUGCGACAAGCAGGACAUUUCGGAUCAGCUGCAGGCGGCGCUGGGCUACAUAGCCGACGGGGUGCAGCAUCCAUUGAAGGUGCGCGUGGAGACCAUUCUCAACUCGGAGAAGGACACCAUCGUGCUCUUUACACUCUCCAAUCUGCUGCGCUUCUAUCAGCAAAUCAUGAAGCAGGUGGUGCAGGGCGGCAGCCUGGAGGAGUGCCUGGUGGAGCUGCAGAAGAGCAGCGAGCAGAUCUACCUGCAGUCCCUGGCCACGCAGGUGCGCAGCGUGCUGCAGCGUCCAGCUGGCUCCAGCAUGGCACUUGAGCCGCCACAGCGAGACCUCGUGCCACCGCCGAGCGUGGCCCGUUUGCUGAACAUGCUGAAGGAGAUCCUGUCGGUGGCCACAAUGGUGGAUGGUCGCCAGGCGGACAUCACCAAGAUUGUUAGCUGUGUAAUCGAUCCGUUGCUGCAGUCCGUGCAGGAGAGCGCCGCCCAUCUGCCCACCGUGGACAUGGGCGUUUAUCUCCUGAACUGCCUCUACCACAUGCAGAGCACGCUGGCCGUCUACGAGUACAUGGAUGAGCGCGUGGAGCGGCUGCAGGGCCAGUCGGACGCUCAACUGGACACGCUCACCUCCGAGCAGGCCUCCUCGUUGGUGGCCAAUCUCAAUCUGGGUCCCAUCUACACCAUACUGCAGAGUAAUCAGUCCAAGAUCGAGACAAAUCUGCUCAAAAUCUUCAUGUCCAAGCUGGAUGCCUUUCUGGAGCUGCCCGAUGUGCUGCUGCUGCCGCAGGUGCAGCUAAUCAUGUCCAGCAGCCAUCGUGCCACCGUGCAGAAGCGCGCCUUUAACGUGAUCGUGGCCAUUUACAAGCAGAUCUACGAGCGUGUUCACGAUCCAGCCAAUGGCUUCGAGCAGCCGGAUCAGCUGCUGCACAAGACGCCCGAACAGGUGGCGCACAUUCUAACGGCGUCGUAGGUGUUGUCUGCUGGCACUAGUGUUGGGUAAGGAUAGUUCACUGGUUCACUUCAGUGAGUGAACGUUGCGCACUAGUUCAUUCAGUUGUUCAGUGGCUAACUCACUUGUGCAGUUGUUUGCUUACUAGUUCACUUGUGCCACCACUGAACAAGUCAUCAUGUGAACUAGUGAGGUUUCUUUUUUGUUUACACACAAAUAUAAGCAACUACAGAUGAGGAAUAUCUAUCAAUUGUUGUUUAAUUAUGAUUACAGCUAAUAUUGAAUCUCGUUUUAGUCACAUUUCUGAUUGCAAUCGACUAAACACAAGCACAAAUAGAAAUGAAGAAUGAACUUCUCGUGCCACGGAUGUUAGUUGGGAACAACAAUCAAACGCUGAACUUAAACUACGUUAAAAUAAGAGUUAAACUA